AUGGAGGCCAACUCUGCCACAACGAGGGAACAGUCUGAGGCCCCGGAUCUUGAUCCGUCGUCGCAACAGACGCCGUCCGAUCCGAAGACGCACCUGGCUCCUACCGCGACCACAGAUGCGAUAUCUGCAAAGCUAGGAAAAGGAAGACAGAAGUCGGGGGUCAGCGCUGGAUACAUACGCGAGCUUGAGAACAAAGUCAAUCGCAUCGAGGCAAUGCUCUUGGGUCUAAGUUCUCAGGUGGAAAAUCACAUCAGCACCUCACCUCCGGGUUCGGGAUGGCCAAAUAUCCUCGAGCCCAUUGACAGUCAACAACGACUACCCCACUCCCCUGGAAGGAGAGCAGUAGCACCACGCUACAAGCAGCGCACCCCACCCUAUCAUACCCCGGAGUUGAAUAUUUCUACCCCAGUAAUCGAAGCCCCUGAGGCAGUAUCCAAUACGGAUGAGUCGGACCUGCCUCCCGUGGAGCUGUUGUACACGCUAGUCGACCUGUACUUCAAACACAUUAAUACCUGGUGUCCCAUUCUGGACCGCCGAACAACGUUUGAGCAGUUCUUCGGCUUCUCCGGUCUUCAUGGCGUGGGAUCCAUUGUAUUAUAUGCGAUUGUCGCGAUCGCCUUGCGGUUCAGUCAAGAUCCGUCAUUGACCCCUGAUAUCCGCCGACGAUACCGCUCUGUUGCUAAGACGAAGGUCCUCCUCCACGCGGUGGAAAAUCCCUCCAUAGAGUCUCUUCAGGCCCUCGUGAUUCUGGCCUGGGACUUCCUUGGUUCGUCUGAUGGCCUGCAGAAUGGAAAUAUCAUAGCUCUUGUUACCCGAACAACGUUACAGCUAAACUUGCAGGUCGAGUCGACUUAUGUCCUAUCUUCGCCUACGCUGGCUCUCACCUCUCCAAGUCGAUUCCGGGACAGUAUCUUACCGAAACCUGGAUCCUGGAUAGAAGAGGAAGGACGCCGGCGUCUGUUCUGGAUGGCGUACAUCCUCGAGCGCUAUGCCGGUAUUGCCACGGGCUCUGACUUUGUCCUGCGUGAACCCAUUAUUGAACGCUUCCUCCCUUGCCGUUAUGACCUGUUCUCUGAGAACCGGCCAGUGGAAACGCGCUGGUCCGGUAGGGCUAGGAGAGCAGCCGAUAUGACCAUUGAUCAUCCGGAAAAUCUGGGCAGCUUCUCCUACCACUGUGAGGUCGUCCGCACGCUCAGUCGCGUUCAAGACUUCCUCCAGACUCCCGUCGACAUUUACUCCCUGGCGGAGGUGGAACAGUGGGAAAGGACAUAUGAAGAGCUAGACAACGAGCUCAACACCUGGCUUAAGAGCGUGCCGGACGAGUACAGCAAUGUCUCUCAGUUCUGCCAUUCUGAUCCGACAAGCAAGAUCUCCAACUGGAUCAUACUCCAUGCAGCAUUCGUCAUCUCCGUGGUACGGCUGCACUCUUGUGCCGCGUAUCCCCCAGUCCAAUCGCAUAUCUUCAUCCCUUCCUUGCAUGCAUUGCAGCGCUGUCGCGCUGCAGUGCAGAGCCUACGCGAAAUCGCACAGGACGUCUUCGACACUGGUAUGCUCAACCUGCUAGGACCCCAGUUUGCUUUUUCGCUAUACGUCGCUGCCCGGCUCCUGCUCGUGCAUACUGGGAGCAAAGGUGAGGAUCUGGACUCCAGUUACCAGUUCUUCGUUUUUAUCCUCGAGCAGAUGGCUCAGCAGUGGAGCCUGGCAGGGCACUACGUCACAAUAUUAAGCGCGGUGUCCCAUCGUACCCAAACCCGAUGGUCCUCAGGCUCUUGUGUUGUUCCUAAAGGACUUGCCAGGAUGCGGAGGAUAGCUUACGAAAUUUACCUCUCUACCACCCGCCUUACAUCCUCGAGCAUCCUACCCAUCAAAUCCCUCUCAGUCGAAGAUCUUGAAUGUCUCGAACUCUUCGACUUCUUCAACUACCCCCGUCUUCCGCCGGCCAUGACCGUCACUCCGAGCAUGUACGCUCCAUUAUUCAACCGCGGGGAUCUUCUUGUCAGCUAA